AUGGAGGCGGCGCCGCGGCGGAGCCCCGAGCCGCGGGAGAAGCCGCCGGUGCUGGACGGGGAGGCAGCGGGGGCGCCCGCGGGGGCGUCGGGCGCGGCCCCGGCCUCGCCGGCGGCGACGGAGCAGAUCGUGGCGGAGGGCGAGGCGGCGGCGGCGGGCACGUUCGUGCAGCGGCAGCUCGGGGCGAUGCUGCAGCCCGCCGUGAACAAGUUCUCGCUGCGCAUGUUCGGCAGCCACCGGGCCGUGGAGAUCGAGCGGCAACGGGUGAAGUCGGCGGGCGCCUGGAUUAUCCAUCCCUACAGCGACUUCAGGUUUUACUGGGACCUCAUCAUGCUGCUCCUGAUGGUGGGGAAUUUGAUCAUCCUGCCCGUGGGCAUCACCUUCUUCAAGGAUGAGAACACCCCUCCCUGGAUCGUUUUCAACGUGCUUUCGGACACUUUCUUCUUGGCUGACCUGGUGCUGAACUUCCGGACAGGCAUCGUGGUGGAGGACAACACGGAGAUCAUCCUCGACCCUCACACCAUCAAAAUGAAGUACUUGAAGAGCUGGUUCCUGGUCGACUUCAUCUCCUCCAUCCCUGUUGACUACAUUUUCCUCAUUGUUGACCUGGAGACCCAGGUGGAUUCUGAUGUCUACAAGACGGCGCGGGCGCUGCGCAUCGUGCGCUUCACCAAGAUCCUGAGCCUGCUGCGCCUGCUGCGCCUCUCGCGCCUCAUCCGCUACAUCCACCAGUGGGAGGAGAUCUUCCACAUGACGUACGACCUGGCCAGCGCCGUGGUGAGGAUCUUCAACCUCAUCGGGAUGAUGCUGCUGCUGUGCCACUGGGAUGGCUGCCUCCAGUUCCUGGUGCCCAUGCUGCAGGACUUCCCUGAGGACUGCUGGGUCUCCAAGAACCACAUGGUGAACGACUCCUGGGGCAAGCAGUACUCACACGCCCUGUUCAAGGCCAUGAGCCACAUGCUGUGCAUCGGCUACGGGCAGCAGGCCCCCGAGGGCAUGACCGACGUGUGGCUCACCAUGCUCAGCAUGAUCGUGGGAGCCACCUGCUACGCCAUGUUCAUCGGCCACGCCACCGCCCUCAUCCAGUCCCUGGACUCGUCCCGGCGCCAGUACCAGGAGAAGUACAAGCAAGUGGAGCAGUACAUGUCCUUCCACAAGCUGCCUGGGGACACCCGCCAGCGCAUCCACGAGUACUACGAGCACCGCUACCAGGGCAAGAUGUUUGAUGAGGAGAACAUCCUGGGGGAGCUCAGUGAGCCACUCAAAGAGGAAAUCAUCAACUUCAACUGCCGCAACCUGGUGGCCAACAUGCCCCUGUUUGCCAACGCUGACCCCAACUUUGUGACAGCCAUGCUGACCAAGCUGCGCUUCGAGGUCUUCCAACCUGGGGACUUCAUCAUCCGUGAGGGCACCGUGGGCAAAAAGAUGUACUUCAUCCAGCACGGCGUGGUCAGCAUCCUCACCAAGGGCAACAAGGAGACCAAGCUGUCUGAUGGCUCCUACUUUGGGGAGAUCUGCCUGCUGACGCGGGGCAGGCGCACGGCCAGCGUCAGAGCCGACACCUACUGCCGCCUGUACUCCCUGGCCGUGGACAACUUCAACGAGGUGCUGGAGGAGUACCCCAUGAUGAGGAGAGCCUUCGAGACCGUGGCCAUGGACCGCCUGGACCGCAUAGGGAAGAAGAACUCCAUCCUGCUCCGCAAGCGAGCCGAGCACAGCUCGGGGCCCCUCAACACCGAGAUGAUCCAGCAGAUCGUGAAGCACGACCAGGACAUGGCCCACAACAUCCAGGACCUGCAGCAGAUGGCGAUGGGCCGGGAGCUGAGCGGCAAGCCGGUGAUUUGGGAGCCGCUGGUGCACGCACCCCUGCAAACAGCCGCCGCCACCACCAACGUGGCCAUCGCGCUGACCCACCAGCACAGCCUGCAGGCUCACAUCUUCCUGCCGCCCUCCUCCAUCUCCAGCCCGCUCUCUCCCGAAGCCACGCUGCUCACCAAGCCCGUGCGCCGCUCCCAGCCCAGCCUGGGCGGCUCCCGGCCCUCCUCGGUGAGCUCGCCCUCCGGGGCUCAGUCCCACCUGCAGACGCCGGCCGCAGGUUCGCCUUCCUCGCCCAUGCUCCAGUCCCAGGUACCGCUGGAGAGCGCGGGGGCCCAGAGACCCAGCUCGGGGGCGCAGCCCCUGCCCCGCACGGCGCAGAGGGCGGAGAUGCCAGCGGGGGCCAAGCAGCCCCCGGCCGGUCCCCAGCCCCAGCUCUCCCGGUCCCGCGGCGCCUCGGUCUCCACCUCGCUGCUGCAGCAAGCGGCGGGCGCUGCGUCCCCCAGCUCCGAGCAGGCGCUGCCGCCGGGGAGAACGCUCCACUACAGCCUGUCCCGAGCCACCGGCUCGCACAUCUCGCUCCUGAUGCAUCCCCAGCAGCUGGUGAAGCACAGGAGCAUCCAGGGGCUGCCGGUGGGGCGGCUCACCCAGGAUGUCCGGCUCCUCUCCGCCUCCCAGCCCUCCCUUCCCAACAAAGUGGCCCAGCAAGCCGACGGGAGCUCCUUGAAGCAGGGCAGGAAAUCUGCAGGGAACCUGGCCCGCAGGUCCUCGCCCUCGGUAGCCGGACUGCUGGCCAAGCCGUGCUCGGGGAUGCCCGCACACUCGCAGCAGAUGCCCUCGGGAUCGCUGGCUCAGCCCGGCCGCUCCACGCCGCAGUCCCCGGGCCCCGCGUCCCGGCAGGCAGCCGGUCCCUCCCGCAAGGGCUCCGUGGCCUUCAGCCCCGAGGUGGAAACGGCGAAGCCCAAACUCCCGUCCAACAUGUGAGUCCUGGCGGCGGCCGCACGGGCAGGAGGGAGCCGGGCGUGCCGGCGGCAGAGGAGGCAGGAGAAGCAGAGCACCAGCCCCGCCGUGUCGGAGGGAAAAUGAGGUGAGAGGCACCAGGCGGGGCCAUGGAGGGGCUGUUUCAGGCACGGGGACACGGCAGGGAUGGGCAUGGGCCCAGCUGGAUGAGGAGGGGGCUCUGCUGACUGCCCCAAGGGGGUCACCCUGCCCGGGCUCUCCCCCUCCUUGCUCAUCACCAUCUGUGAGUUCUGCCCUCCUGCCGGAGGCAUAGGACAGGUCAGAGCCCUUGCCCAAACUCUGGCCUCUCUGGGGAGCUCAGAUCCCCAUAACUGCCCCUCGGGGGCUGGGCCCCCCACGCUCUGUGCCGUGUGUCCCACAGCCUGGCCUCGGGGCAGGCUGACAAUGGCAGCUCCUCCAGCUUGUCCUCUGUCACAGCAGGGGCUGCCCGAUGCCCACCUCGGUCCCCAGACUGCUCUGCCAGCGCCUUUGCCUCCAGGGUGAGGAGGCAGAGGCACCCCCUGGGUCCUCUGCCCGGGUGGAGGGAGGGGGCUGCAGCCCAUGGCAGGGGCGUGGGGGCCCAGGGUCAGCACUUCCCCUUCCCAGAGUGCCAGGACCACCUGGGGGUCCUGGGCAGGGCUCCCCUGGUGUGACGAGUGCCAAGGGCCAACGCUGGGGGGCCGAGGAGCAGCCCCCCAGUCCCUCUGCCCUGCUUGUGGGACCGUUUUGCCUCAGAGGUGCUGAGUGCCAGGGAGGUUGGGAUGUGCUGCUGGGCAGGGCUCUGCCCCACAGCCGGGCACUGCCCCUCCACGUGCCCCCAUGGGGGCAGCCUGGGGGGAUUCUGCUGCCUGCAGCUCCAGGAGGAUGCUCAGAGGGUCAGUCCAAGGGAACCCUCUGUGGCUCCAGGAGGAUGCUCAGAGGGUCAGUCCAAGGGAACCCUCUGUGGCUCCAGGAGGAU